UUUUAUGCAAAAAUCAACCCGUACAACUCGCCCAGGGGACUACAUCUCCCCGUAUAAUGUUUACUGCCGCAAAAUAAUUGUUACCUGUUAAGGCUAUCCCCAUGGUACGCGGAAGGACAUCACGAUACAGACGGACGAAUGAAAGGACUUGCAGCGAAUCGAUACAGAUACAGAAGGCUGGUUAGUUUACUCGUAGCAUUACACCGGUGCAAGUGUUCCGUGCGUGUUCCAAGCGUCCCGAUGAAAAUGGGCCCCGGCCAACGAAGCCGUCGAUCCGUCCGGGCGGAAGUGUUCCAAGAGUACUGUGCCAACAGUUCCGUCCACGGUGUGCGUUACUUCGACCGUGAUGGGCGCACGUCCUGCGAAAGAUUCUGGUGGGCAGUGGCCUUUCUGCUCUCGAUGGCCGGGUGCGGCAUCAUGAUUUACAAGACGUACGUGAAAUGGAACCAGGCCCCAAUCAUUGUUACCUUUUCCGAGAAAACCACACCCGUGUGGGAUAUGCAGUUUCCCGCCAUCACUAUCUGUCCCGAGACGAAGGUACCGGCGGCGAAGCUUAACUUUACCGGUGAACUGAACGGGCUGCUUGAAUCGUUCCAUUCGUACGCCACCAACAGCACACCGGAUGAUGAUGUAAUCGAACAACUGAAAGCUAUAUCGCAACUGUGUAAUAUGAUAUUUCAUUCGGGCAAUCGUUGGCUCCGGCGCGUGAACGCCACCGAAGAUAAUGUGGUUGAUGUGAUGAAGAACAUGUCCCUCGACCGAGAUGAUACUCUGGCGGUGUGUAUUUAUGGCAAUCAGUACACCCGGUGUGAACCGCAUCUGAGGGAAACGAUCACGGAAGAGGGUAUCUGCUACACCUUCAACAUGUUGCCUGAGGAUGAAAUUUUUCGCAAAACUGCCCUACACACCGAGUACAACUACACCGAGAAGUGGACCGAUUAUUGGGGAUACUUUGAGCAGCUGACGACGUAUCCCCUGUACGCGGUAGGAGCGGGACUUCACGCUGGGCUAACAAUCUAUCUCAAGCAUUCGCAGGAGGACACCGACUAUCUCUGCACAGUAUGUAUCCUUCCAAUGUCCAGGUGUCGUAUGUGUUAUCCUCUUUCUGGGCUUCUCCUGCAGGGCUUCUCCCAAGGCUACAAGCUGAUGAUACACGACCCGGACGAAUAUCCGCAGGUCUCGCUCCGUAACGUACGCCUCCCAUUCAACCACGAAAUCUCGAUCGCGCUCAAACCCCAAAUGAUCACCACGGCCCAAUCGGCGGCCGACUACAGCUGGCAAAAGCGGCAGUGUUUCUUCAACCACGAGCGUCAUCUGCGCUUCUUCCAGAUUUACAACCAGCAAAACUGUGAGCUAGAAUGUUUGGCAAACCUGACGCUGGAAUUGUGCGGAUGCGUACGCUUUUCUAUGCCACGAGCGAACGGUACGAAGGUGUGUAAACUGUCGCAAUGGGAGUGUAUGUUUCGAGCGCAACGGCUACUUGGACCAUCGCACACUCUGGAAGAGGAGGAACCGUGGCAUGACAAUCUGGUUGAACUGGUGGAGGGAUGUAACUGUUUGCCGGGUUGCAGUUCGGUACAUUACGAUGUGGAAAUAACGCAGACAUCACUCGAUAUCGAGAACUUUUUGAGGGCAAACAACGAGCUAAAGAGUUACAAAAUGGACAAAUACUACAUAACGACGCUUGCGAUCUACUUCAAGGAAUCGUACUUCAUCACCUCGAAACGAUCGGAGCUGUACGGAUGGGUUGACUUUCUCGCCAACUGUGGCGGAUUGUUCGGACUGUUUAUGGGCGUGAGCAUACUGAGCUUGUUGGAGAUCUUUUACUUUCUCACAAUCAGACCAUUUUCGGUCCGGAGGAAGAUACGGAUAGCGGAGCAGCGUCUGCCGAACGAGGUCCACAAUUCUUUGCUUGCCGUUGUUACCAAGGUUGAAUGAAGACGUUUAGUUAUUGUAUAAUUCGAAGUCCCAUUACAAUGAAUUCAUGUCAUCAGGCAAGUGAAUAACGCUUUAAAAGUUAAAAUAUCAUCAAUCUUUAGCUAAGGUCUUUUUUAAUUUAGUCAUGUACAACACCAGCUCUGUACAAAAAGGAAGAAUAGUAUUUGAAUUAUGGCUAACCUACUUUUAAGCUAGUAAUCUUCAACUACAAGAGACCCUCUGAACUACUUCGUCUAACAAUUUGAGCCUUUUGAAUAUCUCUGUCUUUAUCAUCGGCAUACAGCUUUAUACUAGUGCUUUACAGUGGUUCCUUCUCUUGAGUCUUGAGCAUCUUCCCUUCCAAGAACUUUUAAGGGGACAACUUGUCGGCUUGGGAGUUUAUGUCAUGCGUUUAUGUCUAAAAAUGAUGCCUCAGCAUUUCCUCCAGGGUUGUACAACAGAAAAGUCGAUAGGUUUUUUCGUUAAUGAGGAC